UCUUCUUCUUCCUAGUUCCUAAACACACCCGACAGAGAUCUCACAGAAUCGGGAGCGAUUUGGGGAUUUAGGGUUUCGAAAUCGAAAGCGUCGUCGUUUUCGAAAUGGCGUUGGGCAAGGUGAAGGAGCUCGUCUCGUCCAAUCCGGUAGUCAUCUUCAGCAACAAGCUUUGUCCCUACUGCGUGUGCGUGAAGCAGCUCUUCGUUCUAAAAUUGGGAGCCCAGUACAAGGCCAUUGAAUUGGACCAAGAGAGUGAUGGUAGUGAGAUACAAUCGGCGCUUGCUGAGUGGACUGGACAGCAUACUCUGCCCAAUGUUUUCGUUGGCGGAAACCACAUUGGUGAUUGUGACACAACCUGGGAUCUGCACAAGGAAGGAAAACUGGUCCCUCUGCUCACUGAAGCUGGAGUUGUUGCCAAAUUACAGGAGUUGGAAAUAAGCUAGAAUAAUUUUGGUUUUGUGCUUCUGUUUGAUCUGGAAAACCAUACUCUUUUCCAGGCACAUUGAACUUCAAUGGCUGUAUAUUUUAGCGCGCAGUGUCUUGACAUUUCUGAUUGGAGCAUGUUUGUGUAAUCUAAACCACUUCAAGA